AUGGUUGAUCCGGAAUUCAAGUGCAUUGAGCGUUUUAUUUGGGGAUUGGCGCCCCAAAUCAUGAGCAUGAUGACGACAUCAAAGCCCGCAACGAUCACUGAGGCUAUUGAUUUGAGUGUGGCACUAACUGAAGAAGCGAUCAGGUUGAACAAGUUCUCGAUCUCUGAUGGAAAGAAAAAGGAGACUCACAUUGAUUCGUCAGGUGAGAACAAAAGGAAGUUCUCAAAUUUCAAGAAGGGUACCAGCAGUGCUAACAAGAAGAAGGAAGCAAACCCACCAGCUGAGGUUAAGACUAGUGGUGCCAUAUCUAGUGUUGAGGUUAAGGGAAAAGGAUACAUGGCUGGAAAGUGUGAGACGUGCGGAAAAAUUGGCCAUGCCAAGGAAACUUGCUGGUAUGGUGUCGGUCGUGGUAAUGGUGGUCUGAGAGGUAACGGCAACGGGAAUGGAAACGGUAACCGUGGUGGAAAUGGGUAUGGAAACCGCAAUCAAGGAGGAAAUGGCGGUAAUGGUAAUCGUGGUAAUUUUGGAAACCAGGCUGGAAGUGGAAACCGCAACAAAAACAACAACUAA